CAUUGUAGCGGGUGAGUGCGGCUGGAUACUAAGUAGCGAGCGCGCUGCUUGUGAAUGGGAACCAGCGUCCGCGGGCUGGCCCGGCUGUCCACACUCACUCACCCAGCCAGCAACACCAUGCUGCCAGCUCCCACCGCAGCUCACCACCCCUAGACCUGCCCUCUCCCCACCCACCCACCCGCCCGCCCGCCCGCCAGCCCACGGCAACCGGCAGCCACAAUGUCCAGGAGGAAACAGAGUAACCCCCGGCAGAUUAAACGUUCCGUUGAUGAAAUGGAGAAAGGAGAGGAGAAUCUAACUGAUGACAACAAUAUGUCUGAAAGAGAAACAGUAGCUUCUAACCACGAUGAAUCAGCAGACUGUGAUACAUCAAGUUCAUUUUAUAGUGAAGACCAAUGGUUGCAGGAUAUACCAAAGAGUCCUGAAGAACUGGAAGUAAAGUGGCCAUCGGAUGAGCAGAAGAAUCCUGAAAUGUGUCACAUGCCAGAGUCUCUGGAACUGCAUCACGUGGAUAGUGAAAUGCAAGUGCGUGCAUGUCACAGCCUGGCCAAAGGAUUAUCCUGGGGUCCAUAUGAUGGGUCGAUCAACAGCAGUAACAAACAUACUCAAGAAAGUGACAAAAUGUCUGUUACUGCAUCUCUGCAAUUAAAAGAGGAACAGUACUGGCUCAGGCAACUGAAAACAACAGCGAAUGAAGAAUCAGCUAAUUGUAUCAUCUAUUGUAAAGAUGACCAGAUCUGGUGUAAAACCACCAAGCCCAUCAUGGAAGGGGAAUGUUUGACAGCAAUUGUUGGUGCGAUGGAGCAGAGCAGCCAGUAUCCCGUGUUGAACCUGAGUGUUAAGGUGGAGCGUGUGGAGGCAGCAGAGUGCUCCGAGCCAGCAGCCACGUACCCAGCCUCGUUACACUCAGACAUCCAGCUACUCCCUCAGCAGGCAGGAAUGGCUGCAAUACUGGCCACUGCAGUUGUCAAUAAGGACAUCUUCCCCUGCAAAUCUUGUGGGAUUUGGUAUCGGAGUGAAAGAAACCUACAAGCUCACCUGAUGUAUUACUGCGCCAGCCGACUAAAGUCUACCGCCGCACCCAAGGAGGAGAAACCCAAGGAGCCUGCAGCCCACGAGCGCAUCUGUCCCUUUCCACAAUGCAACAAAACCUGUCCCAGUGCCAGCUCACUGGAGAUUCAUGCGCGCAGUCACAGUGGUGAAAGACCGUUUGUAUGUCUAAUCUGUCUGUCUGCAUUUACAACAAAGGCAAACUGUGAACGACAUCUGAAAGUGCACACGGACACCCUGAAUGGUGUUUGUCAUGGAUGUGGAUUUGUCUCUUCUACGAGAGAUAUCCUUUACAGUCAUCUCGUUACCAACCAUAUGGUUUGCCAGCCAGGUUCAAAGAGUGAGCCGCACUCUCCAGGAACAGGACUUCCUGCCCUUCCUUUAACACCUGUGAAAGUCACAAGUCCAUUCCUGAAUUUGAAAUGCAACCAGUGUGAUUACAUUGGGGAUUCUGAAUCAAGCUUACAGCAACAUACUUCAUUGCAUGUUAUUCAAGAUGCAUUUCAAUGCAGUCAUUGCGAUGAAAAGCUAAAGAAUUCUGCUGAGCUAGUCAAACACAUGGAGAUACACAAAGGCAAAGAGCUACAGCGCAACAUGGAGGAAGCUAAGGAGACGGAUGUCAGAGGGUCCCCUUCUUUGAAUAGGGACAUUCCCGAGGAUAUUAAUGUCAUGGUGAUAGUCAAAGAGGAACCUCUCAAUUUGAAAUCUGACGUUGAUGUUGAGAGGACUGUGGAACGUCAGACAGACCCCAGCCCUGACUGCUCCUCCAGUGGUGUGUCACCAAGGAGCACCCUCCUGGUAAAAGUGAAGUCAGAGCAUUCAAGCCCAACGCCAGCAUCCAGUCCUGUCCAUUCUGGGACUGGUUCGGUUCUGUCUGAGGGAACUGUUCUGAUACCAUACAUGUUCAACCAUGAAACAUCCUCAUUUCCACAAGCUUCAGAAAUACUAGCUAAAAUGUCUGAGCUGGUCCAUAGCAGGCUGAAGCAAGGGGUUAACAACUAUCCCAUCCUUUAUGCAGGAGCACCGAUUCAAAAGGGGGCGACGUGCUAUGAAUGUGACAUUACGUUCAAUAAUAUCAACAACUACUUGGUACACAAGCGGCUGUAUUGUUCCAGCAGGCAUCAGCAGGCAGAUAACCCAGCCGUGGAUGAGACUAGCAAGGAUUCUGCAUCAGUAAACAGGACUGAACAAGUAUCCCAUUGUCCAAGUUCAGUGAUGGAAAAUCAGCCAGCUUCUUCCUCCUCACAGACCGACUCUGAAAGAGACUUGCGGAUCCCACCUGUGGAGAAUAAAGCUCCGGAAAUCAAAACUGAGGACGGUGUUUUGAAGGAUACAUCGUCUGAAGGAGAAAGCCUGAGCAGGGUUAGUGAAGGCAGCCGAAGUCCCAGCAACUCUGGCGAAGACUUUGAUCUUGACCCUUCAAAAACGGUGUGUGAGGCUUGUAAUAUAAGGUUUACCCGUCAUGAAACCUACGCUGUGCACAAACGUUUAUAUUGUGCUUCACGGCAUGACCCACCGCUUCGCCGGCCAAAUGGCGGGAAAGCGGCAGUCCUUCAGCAAACUGUGCGGACUCGCAAACGUCGAAAGCUGUAUGAGAUUCAUGCUCCUGGCCACCAGUCACUUCCACCGCCCUCUCCAAGUGAAGCGCCCGCUCAUAGUCCUGUAGCUGGCACCGUUCAAAAUGCUGGGGCAUCCAACAAUAUGGAAACUGUGAAAAUAAAACAGGAGACACUCUCAGUUUCUUCAAGGUCAACUGAUUCUCUCUCCCUGUCAACAGGUUAUAUGUUAACCACUCAGUCUAGUUCGACAUCAUCGCCAGGUUCAAGUUCUGAUGUUGAUGGACCAAUUGACCUCAGCAAAAAAUCCCGUUUUCAGGAAGAACCUUCGACACCCGCUGCCCCUGUACUUCCCACCUUGCGUUUUUCCACAGACUACCACGAGUGCACCUCCUGCAAAAUUAGUUUCAACAGUGUGCAGAACUAUCUGACUCACAAGAAGUAUUACUGUUCUGCUACUGCCCUUCAGCACAAUAAGGUGGAUCAUCUUGCCAGGGUAAAAAUGCAGAGUCCUGCGUCAGUAAAAGCUAAGAAAAAUAGGAUGGACAUCUCCGAUCCUCACUUGCAAGCAGAGGAAUUGAAGAAGAAAGAAAUAAGCACUAAGUGUACUCCAGAGAGUCCAACCUUGGUACAUGCCUCCACUACUCCCAGCAACUCACCAGGAAGGUACCACUGCAGUCCAGAUGCUUUGCCAGCUGGGUCUCAGCAGUCUUCUCAUAUCAAGACCUUCUCAGCAGCUAAGCGUACUCAUACUAUCAUCUGUCCAUAUUGUCCCUUUACUGGGACAAUUGAAGGAGACCUUAUUGAGCAUUUUAAGAAUGCUCAUGAUUUGUCGUUGACCAAGCAACUUUCACCCGGGUACACAGUGGAAGUUACAAUGGAGGAUGUAUUACCACAAGGUAAACCCAUGACAAACAGUAUUUCUGAAAGUAGUCCUCAAAACUCGAGAGUUCCUGCCCUAUCUCCGAAGUCGGGUGCUCAAAUACAGAAGAAUAUCCCAAAUGCCAAAGAUCAAAGCGAAUCUGUUUCAUCCCAGUCUUCAGUUGAGUCUCCCUUGCAGAAUAUCUCGCCAAAACCUUUAAUAAUGCCGUCCCCUAACGUUGCUCUUAAAAUCUCACCAGUGCCUGAUAGCUCCAGGGAUCUAGGCUUCAAAUCCCUCAGCCCACCCAAUAAUGUUGACAAAUCUGUUCAGACAGCCAUGUCGCUCCCUAGCCCUGUACAGAAUGGAAACCACAGAUUCUGUCGCUUAUGUAACAUCAAGUUCAGUAGUCUUUCAACUUUUAUAGCUCACAAGAAGUAUUACUGUUCUUCUCAUACUGCAGAACAUGUUAAAUAAGUUCUUACGACUGUGAACUAUAUCCUGAAUGUUUGCUGUGGUGUUUGGCACAAAUCAUCUUGCACAGCAAUAUCUUUGUGCAUCUUGCUGUACAGUUUAGAGACAAUCAUGAAAACACAACAUUGUUCAAAGGUUAACCAAAUUCCAUUUUUUUAUGCCUUGUUGGAAAUGACCAAGGGGGAAGGUUUGCUUUGCCUGAAACUGUCCUUAAAAUGGGUUCAUUUAUAAACCUCAUGCUUGGGUGAUAAAGUGCAUACAGAAACAAAAUACUCCUGAUGUUUGCGAGCCUGGGUUGAUAUAUGUCUCUUGAGAAAAAAAAAUCAUGUUAAAUCAUGUAUGUUUACUAGGUGCGUUAUUUCAUUUUUCAUAGUAAUCUUCUCGGCCAAUUUAGUUACGUCAGUUUUCUUUUUCGAAAUAUCCAUUUGCAAACUUUGGAUGAGUUAAUAAAAUAAAACAAAUAUCAAAGAUUCAUCACUUCUGACAAUCUGGCAUCCAAAUUUGUCUUCUAAUUAGGGGGAAUAGCCUGAUGAUUUUGAAACUAGGAAGAAAGUCCUAAAAGUUAAAGUUGAGAUAUCCCACCAUUUUUUCACAAAAAACGAUUGUGUUAAAUCCUUUAUUAUGAUGAUUAAACUUCCCUCUGCUGAAGGAGUAACUAACAGAGUGCGUCUUUUCUUUUCAUUUUGUUUUCAAUCUUGAGGAAACCCCAAUGCCAUUAAAAAAUAGUUCACUGGCCAUGAAUUUCGAACUGCAUUGGUUAUAAAAUGCAAUUUAUUUUAAAGAUGUGCAUAGCUCUGAAGGAAUGGACAGAACUUGCAAAUUCAGUAUUUCGAAGACAAAAUAUUGGCAGUGAUUCCAAAGAAGUAUCCUCAAAUGUUCUUACAAUAUUUAUCACAUAAAACUGAUAGUUGAAUACUACUGAAAUAUUGAAAAGUAAUUAGUGGAGGACAGAAUAAUUUAAAACUAGUUUGUGUAGAUUUAAUAAUCUUGUUCAUUGUUUAGUGCAUGCUAAUCCUGUUAGCCUUUGUUUCAGUACAUUCAGUUCAACUAUAGAAAUGUCGUUGAUUUUUAUUUAUUAGUGUUGUAUUUAUUAUCAGGGUUUAUGUGCAAACCCAGCACUAAUUCAAAAAAAAAGUGCAGACUGAAAAGCAUUUUUUUUAAUUUUGAGAAUGUUUUACCAAAAGCAGGACUCUGAAUAACCAGUAAUUUCUGUAACAAAAUAUGAUUUGUUUCAUUGGGCGUUGUUCCCAGUCCAAUGCAUCUCCCUGAGGUUAAUUCUAUUUUCGUUUUUUUUAUUUUAUUAUUUGUAGACAUAGCUUAUUGCCAUAAUGCACAUUAAAUGUGCUUAAUGGAUCAAAUGGUGUCUUGGUGCUUAAAUGUAAAUGAUUCCUAAUCUUUAUCAAUGUGGUGUUUUUCGGGAAUAAUAUUCGCCAUUAUUAUCGUUUAAUGAUACGCAUCUAAAAGGUGUAAUGUUAGAAGAGAGGAGCAAGUCACUUUGUUCAAGGGCAUUCAUGCGAGAUAAAAAUGGCCUAAUGGUUUUAAAUUUGGGUCGGAGAAAAGCAAUAUAAAAGGAGCAAGAGAUCGCUAUCAAUCUGACCGUACCAGUUCCAUUUGAACAAAUGCCAUUGAAAAUUGAGCUCAGAAUGAAGCUUUUCAACUUAACGCACCUUGCCAGCCAGGGCUUUGAACCUUGAAUUCUUCUGUUGAGCUCUUCCCUCUUUUUCUCCACCCCAACAUCUUUCUGCCCCAUGAAUGUUGUUUCUGUACCGAAUUAGAGUGACAGGCAGUACUGGCACUUGGACGAAACAUACAGCGUUGCUCUACUCCCAGUCGAAAUAUGUUACUGAGCAAAUAUCACAUUUGUAGACUGUUACCUGCAAUUACCUGCAUUGAAGGUUUCUUGUGGUAUAUUUUUGAAACAUCAUUCUGACUUUAUUCAUCAUAAAGAAUGUUACAUCACCAAAUUCAAUAAAACUCAAUUGGUAACUGUACAGUUUGUAGACUGCAUAUAUUUUAUUAAACACAUAAAGGCAAUGACAUUUAAAUGAAGUUGAAUUACACGAAUGGAUCACGGUCUCUGAAACUCUUGUUGUUUGCAUGAUUGUUCCUAUGUAAUUGGGAAAACUAGGCUUUGGUUGCAUGUCUGUCUUUCUCCAACUUUAUGGAAUACAAGAUUUUUUACUUUUCCAGAAGGUGCUGUUAAUUUAUUUAUAUUGUAGAUGAGUGUUUACUCUGACAUGUGGAAUAAACCUUGGCAAAGGACUCUCUCUACAAAGCAGUGCUAAUGGAUGUUCAGUUUAAUAAAUCCAUUUUUACUCUUUCUGCACUGUAUUGUAUAAAUUCUGCUGAAUGAUGUAGUCUAGAAGCUAUUUACAGAAUAUUUAUGUUUCAAUCCACCAGUUUUAUACCUCUCUGAAUUUGCCUACUAUAGUGACCAAUGCCUUUCAACUCUCAGUUGAAGGCUGCCUUCAGUGAUUUAACAAUGUCUGAAACUGAUCAUGCUGUUAAAGUGAAUGUCAUUCUUAAUUUCCAAUUGGGAAUUGACCCACUACACACUAGUUUGAGCUAUGCAUGCUAAUAAAUUGUCCCAUGGGACAUCUUGAAGCACUACA